GUUCUCAAUAUAUUGAUUGAAUAUAGUAAAUUUAAAAAUUUUAUUAAAAUUAUUGCAAAUCAACAUCUGACAUCUGUUGUUGACGAAUCGAAACAAUUUAUAUGAACAACUAUUAUUACCUUAAUGGAUACACACAAUCAUUAUAUUAAAAUCAGGUGAAUUUGAGCAAAAAAAAAAAUUUCAAAUAUUAUAUUCAGAAUUUCUAAAAAAAAAAAAUGAAAUUCAAUUAUUAAUUGGCCAUCACUCAUAAAUCAUCAUGUCUUAUUCUUUCCGGGAAAUUCCGACAGUAGAUUCUUCUUCUGUCGGUAGUGGCAAUCCAUUUGGCGAUGAAGAUGAAGAACCACUAGUGGCGAAAUCUGAAGUCGAUGAUUAUGAUCCAUCAUUGGAUCCAUUUGCUGAUAAUGAUGGCAAUUAUUCUUCAUUACCAUUGCCUAACAUCGAACGUGAUAGUACAAAAUCACCAAACUUUUUCAAUAAAACAAGUUUAAGUAAUUUUGAAACAAAUUUGAACGACUCCUCAUACGAUGUGACCAAUAACCAAGUACAAAUAAAAUCAUCUCAUCAUCAUCGUCUUUCAUUUGCUGAUGGUGAUUCUCAUAGUAAUAGUUCUGGAGCGUUAGAUUUUGAUCGUUAUUCAUUACAUUCUCGAAAUGAUAUUGAUUCUUCACUCACACAAUCACGAUUAUCAUUGCAAUCGAAUACUUCAAACACUAUGAUUGAACAACAAUUACGACAAUACUCAUUGGGUGAUGGUUCGUUACAAAAGGAAGGUCUACUUUGUCCAGAAUGUAUGCAAGAAUAUCGUACAAUAACCGAAUUAAUGGAUCAUUUUGAUCGAGAACAUGAUCGUCGAAAUCGUUCUAAUUUCGGAAUUGGAUCAAAAAAGAUAUCCACUAUGAUUGGAUCGUCAUGGUCAUCAAAAAAUCUAACACCGUUGUCUAAAAAAAUUUUUUCAAAUGAUUCAUCAUUGGUUGGUGAUCAAAUUAAAGGUUUUUUGGAUAAAUUUCUCAUACCAAAUGCCAACAAUAAACUUUCCGGAACAUCUACACCAAAUCAGAAUCAUUCCAUCAAUUCCAUGCAAAAUAUUCAGAAUGAAGAUUCCACAAUGACUUCUAGUUCUAAUUGGACACAGGAACCUGCAAAUCCUAUUGAACAAUGGAAACAUUCCAUGCGUUUGGCAACAAGACGUUCACAUUAUGAAUAUUUUCGUCAAAUACGUGAUUUUCGUGUUGAACGUUAUGUAUUCGAAACUAAUAAACUUAUGAUACGAUUAGAUAAAUUAUUACGUGAUUAUCCACCACUUAAUGAUUGGAUUAAACGUCGACGCCAUGAACAAUCUGUAGUCGAAUGGGUUGAUGAAACUAUCGUACCAUUAUGUCCAUCAUGUGCAAAUAAAUUCAAUAUAAUCACACGAAAACGACAUCAUUGUCGUCUUUGUGGUGCUGUUAUGUGUACAAAAUGUUCUGAAUUCAUAUCAUUCAAAUUUGCCUAUGAACUAAUUAAUCCUGUAGACAUGGUUCAUUCAGAUGGUAACAAUGAAAAUGAUAAUAAUAAUGAUAAUCCGGAUAUAUCGUUUGGUUUUUCACCAUUACCACCUAUGCCCGUAAUACAACAAUCUGUAUCAAAUAAUAAUAAUACUCAACAACAACAACAAAAUGAUGAAUCGACAAUAUCAUCACCAUUACGUACAUUAAUGACAAACAUGUUAAAUAGUCCAUUGAUCAGUGAUCAUGAAUUGAUCGAUAAACUUCGUCUUUGUCGUGAUUGUAAAACAUUAUUGGCUAUACGUAAAGAAAAGAUGGAUGUACAACAUCAUAAGCCGGCCAUUGUACAUAUAUAUGAACAAUUACGUGAACAAAUCCAACAGAUUGAUCGUCUUGUACCAAUAUUGUUUCGUAUGGCUGAUUCAAUCAAUAUUGGUGAAAAUACAUAUCAAUUGAAUGAUGCACAAGCAUUGAAACAUAAAUUAUCUAAAUUAGGUGAACAAGCGGAUAUUUUAAGUCGAAAGAUCGAAAUAUAUGGAUUGACACCAUCGGAAACGGAACAAACAUCUUUUACAACAAUACCAUCAAAACAAUUAUCAAUACAAACAUCGAUACGACGAUCAACUAUACAAUAUUUGAGACAUAAUCUUCUUGGAUUACCUGAAUUACCUGAUGAAAAACGUUUUGAACAAUUAAAACUACAACAUAAUCGAUUGAUUGAAAAACGUAUUCGUCUAGAAAAAGAAAUGGCCCUAAUAGAACAGGAAAGAUUUCGUCAAAGGAAUCAACAAACAGAUUCAAAUACAGAAACAAGAAUCCAUAUCGGUCUGAAUGAAGAUGGAUACUGUCCUGAACAGCCAAAUAAUACUAAUCAUCAUUUAAACAAAUGGCAAACAAAUGUAUUUGAUGAAGAAGAACGAUAUGCAAUAUUACUUGAACAAAAUCCAAUUAUACAACAGAUGAAUAUUAUUCGUUUAUAUAUAAAACAAGCUAAAAAUGAUCAUCGUUAUGAAGAGGUCGCAAUGUUGGAAGAGAAUCUUCGUGAAUUAGAAAUUGAAUAUCAUUUCAGUCAACAACAACAACAACAACAACAACAACAGCAACAGCAACAAGAUCAAGAAGAAGAACAAUUACAAUCACAAUCUCAAUAUCGAACAUCAAAAUCAUUGAAUCCAUUUGGUGAUGAUGAUGAUGAUCGUCGAUAAUAAUCUAUAUAUAUAAAUAU